AUGACCCAUAUCGAGAACGAUCAAUGCACUGUCAUAAGACUUACAGAUUUCCAGAUGCAACGUGCUGAGAGACAGCUUCAGAAAGAUGCCUGGAUGGCUCAAGAAGAUCCACUCAACAUAAAUCCUUCUACUAGGAAGAGUCCGACAGCAUCCGAUCUCGAUAGUGGAAGCUCUGUCCUUAGCAGCAAUCCCGUUCACAACACAGCCACAGCGCUCAAAAAUACUUUCGAAGGCACAAUCUCCACCACCUCUCAUGAAAAAUCCUCCCCGCUUCAAAGCUUCCGUGAUACUUACACAGCUGUGGACACACCUAAGAUCAAAAACUCCGAGCUCGGUAUGAGAUCUCCAAACAAGGUCAUGGACUUCGAUCAGACCAUGAGAAGACUGGAUAGACAUCCCUUUCCACAAGAUUCACGGAGCGUGCUGCCAGCGGAAGGCGUCAAGAAUCCAGACAAGGUACAGCCAUGGCUUGAUAAUAUGCACCCCACAGCUAGACCACCCCCCGACAACACCAGUAUGGUGGCAUCGAUGUACGAUAAGAACGCUCCCUCUUCUGCUGUCAGCGAGAAUAUUCCACCUUCUGUACGCGCGCGAGAUCCAGAUCCUGCUGCUCCACACAAGCAUGUCAUCAACAUACCAGCACACUCGGCCAUCUCCCCUAGGUCGCAACUGGACAUCCAGAAAUUCUGGGAUGGCAUGCAGCAGAAAUAUAUCUGCCCAGGAAUGAGCUGCAAUCGAGGAUUCAAGAGCAUUCGAGGCUUCCAGGAGCAUUUACUCUCAUCUGCUCAUGUCGGUGGUACGGUUGUCUGUCCAUCUUGCCUGAAGCGAUUUGGCUCAACUGCCGCUUGGGUGGCGCAUUGUGAGUCGGGCAGUAGGAGAUGCGAUAUUCGGAACAGUUCCAACUUCAACCACGUCAUGCGCGAGAUCACCGGUGGUGUUCUGGGCACUCAGGGAUUUCUGGAGGACGGGACGGUGCAGUAUGUAGCGCAAAAGAUCGAAGACUGGAAUGCUGAACCAGCCAAUGAGGGGUGGUGA